AUGGCGGGGGACGGGGAGCUCAACCGCGUCAUCAAGGACCUGCAGAAGACCGUGGCCGAGCUGAACCGCAGCUACCGGGAGCAGAACCUACCGGUGACGGAUGGGAGCCGGGAGCUGCACAGCCUCUGUGCCCAAUUGGAGUUCCUCCUCCAGUUCGACCUCAAGGAGAAGAGGAGCUUCUUUGGGCAGCGCAAGGACUAUUGGGACUUCUUGUGCCAAGGCCUGGCGCGCCGCCGGCAGGAGCACGAGGGCGUUCGCUUCGUCACCUCCCUGGACAAGCUGAAGACCCCCGUGGGUAGGGGCCGAGCCUUCCUGCGGUACUGCCUGGUGCACCGGCAGCUGGCAGAGUCCCUGCAGCUCUGCCUCCUCGACCCCGAAAGCCUCCGCGAGUGGUACUACGCCCGCAGCCCCUUCCUGAGCCCCCAGCGCCGGGCGGAGAUCCUGGGCAGCCUCUACGAGCUGGACGGCGUCACCUUCCACCUGGCCCUGCGCAGGGCUGACCUCGACGCUGCCUGGCCCAUGUUCUCCGAGACACUGGUACGGCCCAGCCUGGCGGCCGGGAGCAGCCCAGCAAAGACAGCCCCGCAGACAGACGAUAUCGGUACCGGGGCACAUGGAUGGCCCAAUGGCAUCGCCCAUCCCACCACAGCACUCCGUGGGGUGCCAGCCCACCCGUGCCCACCUGCCUUGGCUGCCCUGCGGGCGGGGGGUGUAGCGGUGGAGGAUGUGGAGGGGGAUGUAGAGGACGUGGAGGUGAAGAAGGACAUGGAAGAGGAGGAUGAAGAGAAGGUGGUGCGGCUGCAGGAGCAGCUCAGCAGGGCCCGGAAGGACGGGGAGCGCUGGGCAUCGGCGCUGCAGCGGGCGCAGCGGGAGGCCCUGGAGCGGGAGGCCAUGCGUGGCGCUGAGCAAGCACGGCAGCAGGAGCUCAUCCGUGACAUGAAGGGGCGGCUGCUGGAGCUGCUGCGGGAGAAGGAUGCCUUGUGGCAGAAGACGGAGGGCAUUGACACCCCGAUGCCCAGCCCAGCAUCCCACGAUGCAGGGCUGUGCGCUCGCUGCCGCAAGGACUUCCGCCUCCUCUCCCGGCGGUACAACUGCAGGCUGUGCCAGGGCAAGGUGUGCCACGCGUGCUCCGUGGACACGGGCAAGCAGGGCCGCUGCUGCCUGCUUUGCUACCAGCAAAGGCACCCACAGGCUACGUGA